AUGGCCAAAGGCAUCAAGCUUCGUCCGCUCGACGACCGUGUUGUUGUUUCGCUCUUGGAAGCCGAAGAGGUCACCUCUGGCGGCAUCGUGCUGCCGGACUCGGCGCGCGAGAAGCCGCAGCGUGGCAAGGUCGUCGCCGUGGGCGUCGGCAAGCUGCUCGACAGCGGCGCGCGUGGCGAGCUGUCGGUGAAGGUCGGCGACGAGGUGAUCUUCGGCAAGUACGGCGGCUCGGAGGUCGAGGUCGACGGCGACGAGUACAAGAUCCUCCGCGAGUCGGACAUCCUGGCGAAGAUAGGAGCCAAAAUGGCCAAACAACUCAUGUUCGACGACGCCGCGCGGGCGAAGAUGAUCGCCGGCGUCGAUAAGCUCGCGGACGCGGUGGCGGUGACGAUGGGCCCCACCGGCCGCAACGUGAUCAUUAACAAGUCCUUCGGCGGCCCCACGGUCACCAAGGACGGCGUCACGGUCUCCAAAGAGAUCGAACUCGAAGACCCCUUCGAGAACAUGGGCGCGAAGCUCGUCCACGAGGUCGCCGACAAGACCAGCAAGUUCGCUGGCGACGGCACCACGACCGCGACGGUCCUCGCCCGCGCCAUCCUCAAGGAAGGCGCCCGCAACAUCGUCGCCGGCAGCAACCCGACGGCCGUGCGUCGCGGCAUCGAGAAGGCGGCCCAGGCCGUCUGUGAGCAACUCGACUCGGUCGCCAAGGCCGUCAGCAGCAAGGAAGAGAUCGCCCAGGUCGGUUCGAUCAGUGCGAACAACGACCGUGUGAUCGGCGACCUGCUGGCCGACGCGAUGGAGAAGGUCGGCAAGGACGGCGUCAUCACCGUCGAAGAAGGCAAGACCACCGAGACGAC